AUGGAAGAUUACGAGAUUAAAGUUCCUUUCCAGUCUCUUGAAGCUCUAGGGUGCCAUGUUGAUGCAGUUUGCCCCAAAAAGAAGGUUGGUGAUACCUGUCGAAUUACUGUGCAUGAUUUUGAAGGUGAUCAAACAUACAGUGAAAAGACAGGCCAUGAUUUCGUGUUGACUGCUAAUUUCGAAGGUUUAGACGCAUCAAGUUAUGAUGCUCUUGUCAUCCCCGGAGGACGAGCUCCAGAGUAUCUAGCACUGGAUAAGGAAGUCAUUGCCAUAGUGAAGCACUUUAUGGAAGCCAAUAAGCCUGUUGCAUCUAUCUGCCAUGGCCAACAGAUUUUAUCUGCUGCUGGGGUCCUGCAGAACCAUUACAUUCUAUAUGAACUGAAGUCAAGUGACUUGCAUAAGGGAGCUGUAAAACUUAAUGUGGUUUUAGUAGGAGCAACUUGGUUGGAACCUGAUCCGAUCGAUCGUUGCUUCACAGAUGGAAAUUUGGCGACUGGAGUAGCUUGGCCAGGGCAGCCUGAGUUCGUUGCUGAGUUAAUGGCAUUGCUUGGCAUUAAAAUUACAGUAUCAAAGGAUGAUAGUGUCAUUCUUGAUGGCGCUGGUGACGAGAAAGAAAUUGAAGAAAGAUGUGAACAGGAGCCAGAGUCCUUAGGAUGCUUGUUAGAGUUGUCAUGGAAUGAACAGAAGUCACUGUCAUUGAAAGGGGCAACCCGUAAAUUCCUAGAAUAUGGUGAUGAAGUUAUCAUCACUAGUUUUUGCAAAAGACUGCAAAGGUCUAUGUAUAUGAAUUCAUUGCAGGGAGAUGAAUACAACAUUGGGUUCGGCACUUGCUCAGGGAAGAUCAUUCCUCCAUUGCCUUGA